AUGACAGCCGCCGUCCUCGCACGCCCGACGCUGGGCAACGUCCAGUGCUUCGGCAGGAAGAAGACCGCCGUGGCUGUGGCCCACUGCAAGCCCGGCCGCGGCCUCAUCAAGGCCCUGGAGCCGAUCCUGCUCGCCGGGAAGUCCCGCUUCAAGGGCAUCGACAUGAGGAUCCGCGUGCGCGGCGGCGGCAAGGUGAGCCAGGUCUACUCGAUCCGCCAGGCCAUCGCCAAGGCGCUCGUCGCCUACAACCAGAAGUACGUCGACGAGGCAGCCAAGAAGGAGGUCAAGGAGAUCCUGGGCCGCUAUGACCGCACGCUGCUCGUCGCCGACCCGCGCCGUUGUGAGCCCAAGAAGUUCGGCGGCCGCGGCGCCCGUGCCCGCUUCCAGAAGUCGUACCGUUGA